GCAAAAUCCCAACUUUUUUCUUUGUCUCUUUCCACAAUCCACUUCUUUGAUUUCGUUCUUGCAAGCUCCACAAAGUUUUCUAGAUUUCAAUCCGGACUAAAUCACUAAAUCCUCUCCAAUUGCCCUCUCUUCCUCUCUCUCUCUCUCUCUCUCUCUCUCUCUCUCUCUUGGAUGAACAGUAUGAUCAACAAAGAUGAUCCUCCUCCCCUUCCUCUCGAUCAUCGCGACCCAAUUGUCGCCAUCCAGUUCGAGCUCAAGCGCUUGCGGCGCUCCAGUGUUAGGCUCCGGCGGGCGCUGCUAGGCCUCAGCGCCGCCUUCCUGGCACUAGCAGUGAUCGUGGCCGCCAUCGCUGGCUCGCAGGGCACCAAGAUCUCGAGCCUGGACGAUCGCCAAGGUCUGAUUUCCAAUCCCAACGUCGCCUUUGCGUCGAGAACUGGAAGGAAGAACUUGAAUGGCCUCACCUAUGGCGGGAGCUUGUUUCGAGGGAGUGGAUUCUGGGCCAUGAAACCGAGGUUACCAUAUAAUUUGGCCGAUCACGCAGCUAUUGGAGUGGAUCCAGACGAGCUCAUCUUUAUAAUUGGAGGAUCUCUCAUAGAUGGAAAUGUGACCAGCGAUGUUUGGAAGUAUGAUGCGGUGUUUCGAAACUACACAAAGGUGGCGUCAAUGCCUGAGCCUCGUUAUCGGUUUGGGGCGGCUUUGCUUGAUAAGAAAAUUUACAUUGUUGGGGGAAGAAAUAGCUCAAGUCCAGAAAAUAUUGCUCUGGUGAAAUCCACGCUUAUUUACGACAUCGCUAAGAAUGAAUGGAGCCGUGGAGCCGAUCAGAUCGAUUUCCAUGGAGAUACUUGCGCUGCCAGUGUCAAUGGCAAGAUUUAUGUUGCUGGAGGCUAUGGAUUCGAUUACAACUUUCUAAACAGCGUGGAAGUUUAUGAUCCCGCCAAGAACCAAUGGUCCAAGGUUCCAAACAUGCCAACGCCACGAGGAGAUCUUAUGUGCGUAAGUUUCAUGAACGAACUCUACGUUCUUGGAGGCUACUAUGAUCCCACGAACAAAGGUGGCAAUGCGUUUUUAGCCGCAAUGGAAUCGUUUAAUCCUACCACUGGGCAGUGGACAAAACGACCAGACAUGUUAACACCCCGUGGUGACGCAGCUGCGUUGGUUCUUCCCGGGAACAAACUUAUGAUCGUUGGAGGCGAGGGCCAUUACCGCGACAAGGAUAUUUUCAAGUAUCCCAAGCACGUAAACGAGGUGUUCUAUGGAGACGAUCAAACUUGGGUCCAAAAAGCUAUGAUCCCAACGCCGAGAUUUAGAACUGCUGGAGCUGUCGCUGGCGGAGUAGCUUUCGUUUUUGGAGGAGCCGACGUUUGUAUCGCGGUGGAUAUCUGUCCCGUACAAAACACCACCGAGACUUUCCUGGACGUGGAUCAUCCUCGCGUCUAUCUGUAUCUGAAAAACGAGGCAUACAACGAU